UAGAUUGAGGGUGGUCAAUGUAUUCUGAUGUAUCAUUAGCUGUCGCUAGAGACCAGACAUGUCUUCUGUACGGUCAAAUGAAAAAAUACAAAAGUUCAAAGAUGGAAGGAAAAAAAUUGUCUGAUAUAAAAAAAAGUAUAAAUAAUUGCAAAGGUGAAAAAAGGAAAAAAGGAAAAAAGAAAAAAGAAAAAAGAAAAGAAAAACAUGAAAGAAAAAAGAAGAAUGAAUUGGAAAAAAAAAAAAAAAAACUUGGAAAGUUUACAACAGUGGGUUGUAGAUGACAUGAUUUAUUUAGGAAAAAAGUAGAGUGAAUUUCCAGAAGAUAUUCCAAGAGAAGGAUGGGAAAGAAGGAGGUAGGAUGUGAAUUAUGAGGCUCCAACUUCAAUACAAGAGAGGGGGUGCGUCUUUGAAGAGGAAAGGAAAGAUGGGUUUGCAACUGUAGUUGCAGAGGUUCUCUGCUGUUGGAUGCUGUUGUUUGGUGCCUCAGGAAUGUGUCUAUUUGGCAAAUGUGGUGAGGGUACAUGAUCCUGCUUUCCUAUGGCCUAAGUUCUCUAAUUUGACAAUGGUGUUCAUCCAAGUUGAUUAUGCAUGCACACCUGAAGAAGUACAGCAGCAUUUCCAAUCAUGUGGCACAGUUAACAGAGUGACUAUACUGACAGAUAAAUUUGGCCAACCAAAGGGUUUUGCCUAUGUGGAAUUCCUUGAAACAGAAGCCGUUCAAGAGGCUCUUGUUCUGAAUGAAUCUGAGUUGCAUGGUCGGCAAUUGAAGGUUUUGCCUAAAAGGACCAACGUUCCUGGUAUGAAGCAAUUCCGCCCUAGACGCUUCAAUCCUUAUAUGGGUUACCGCUUCAGGAGGCCAUAUGUACCCCCUUACUUCUACUCUCCUUAUGGAUAUGGGAAGGUUCCCAGAUUCAGAAGGCCAGCACGAUAUAUGCCCUACUACUAGAAGACUGUUUGCAUCUGAUUGAUGGUUACAUCAUCUAGUAUAAGACCAUUAUAUUCGUAUUAUGAAUAGUUAAACUCUGCUUAUCCUGGUAAUUCUAGACAGGAUCAUUAUUGCGGAAGUGGUACAAAAUACAUUUAGCCUUAUUGUCAUUUAACGAUGUGUUUGUGAAUUAUGCACUCUGUGUGAUGUGAACUAGCUAAUAAUGGUUUUUUUUUUUUUAUGGAAAAUGUUGUAGCAUAUUACAUUCUUUU